AACACUUUUGUAAGUAUCUUAUUCCAUUCCACCUUUUAGACCAUGUCCAAAGCUAACUGAUUACAAAUUAAGCAACCUUCAAACCAAUUGAUAUACAAUCCUUCUUCCCUUUCUCAAUCUCUUGAGUCUGUAGAUUCCUCUUUCAAAAUUUCCCGUUUGCAACUAUGGGUAUGACAAUAUCUCGGCUUCUAAAGAUACUCUUUGCGAGGAAGGAAAUGAGGAUUCUGAUGGUUGGUCUUGAUGCUGCCGGAAAAACAACUAUCCUUUACAAGCUGAAACUCGGAGAGAUUGUCACUACCAUACCCACAAUCGGUUUUAAUGUGGAAACUGUGGAAUACAAGAACGUAAGCUUCACUGUUUGGGAUGUAGGAGGACAAGAUAAGAUUAGGCCUUUGUGGAGGCACUACUUUCAGAAUACCCAAGGCCUUAUCUUUGUCGUCGAUAGUAACGACAGGGACAGAAUUUUAGAAGCUAGAGACGAGCUGCAUCGGAUGUUGAACGAGGAUGAGCUAAGGGAGGCUAUACUGCUGGUAUUUGCCAAUAAGCAAGACCUUCCAAAUGCCAUGAAUGUUUCUGAAAUUACUGAUAAACUCGGGCUGCACUCAAUUCGUCAACGACACUGGUAUAUCCAGAGUACUUGUGCCACUUCUGGGCAAGGACUCUACGAGGGUCUUGACUGGCUAUCCAGCAAUAUCUCUGGCAAGGGAUAAUUUAAGCUGUUGUUGAAGUGUUGGGUUCAAUCCGUCAGGCCUACCAGAAGAAAGGCAUGAACCUAUAAUCAAGUGCAGCAUUAUUGUCACUGAAUACAUAUCUUAUCUACAAUGUCAUUUUCAAUAAGUUUGGUCAAGUUUAAUUACUAUAAGCUUAAUUGCUACGUACGUAAUUACACAUGUAAUUCCAUCAACUUCAUGAUGUUAAACUUGUUUUUGUCUAUGUAGACUAUGUUUCCAAA